UAACAGAGGGUGUUAAUGGAGAGUGUCAGCACCCUGCGCAGCUUUAAUCUGUUGCCUUUGAUGUGUAGGUGGCACCUCAGGUCUCCCGGAGCUGUCCUGUGGAAUUGUAGGUGAUGAUGAUGGAGGAAAGCUUUUUACCCCUGAGGAAUACGAGGAGUACAAAAGAAAGGUGCUGCCCAUCCGGCUGCAGAACAGGCUGUACGUCAGCUGGAGAUCCCCCACGGGCAUGGACUGCAAGCUGGUGGGACCAGAGACGCUGUGCUUCUGUACUCACCGGUAUAAACAACACAAAACAGACUACGAAGUGAUUCCCAAAGACCGUCCCAUCUGUGUGCCGUGCAGAGUGAGCCACUGUCCCUGCCAGUCCUACCACUACGUUCCUCUCAAUGGCACACAGCCCAUCCGCUGUAGGUGCAAACACUUUGCUGAUCAGCACAGUGCAGCUCCUGGAUUUUCCUGCAACUCGUGUUCCACGUGUUCAGGAUUUCACAGCUGCUUUACCUGUGGGUGCGGUCAGCCGACAUACGCACAUGAAACAGUAGUGGAAACUAAACAAGAGCGGUUAGCCCAGGGAAGGCCAGUUGGGCAGGAUGUUCCCUAUGCUGCUAUGGGAGGACUGACUGGCUUCAGCUCACUGGCAGAAGGCUACAUGAGACUUGAUGACAGCGGAAUAGGGACUCCUUCUGCUGAGCUGUUAGAAUCCCCUGUAACCAGCAUGGAUCAUCCAUUUCUAAAGGCAUUUCAGGGACCUUCUGGCUCUGCUCAGACCAUCUCGCAGCUAGCAGGUGGUUCCAGUGCCUCAGCGCAAGUUUCUCAUGAAAGGCAUUCAGAAGAAGAUGACAUGGCUUAUUUUGAGAAGCGUUAUCAGGAGCGGGCUCUGUUCUUCCGAUGUAUAUUUGUUACAUCUGAAGUUCCAUGUGCUCACAACCCCAUUUCCACCCAUUACUGGCUAGCUGAAAGGAUCCUGCUGUCUGCAUAGCAGUGACUGUCAGACUGAACUUUUGACAACAUAAAGUGGACAUGGAUAUGCUAUUUAUUGCACAUAAGUAAUUAUAUAUCGCUUGAUAUAAAGUUCUUUAUCCAACAGGUUCUCUUUCAUCAUGUCUAAUGCAAGAGUCCCUCAGGACGGGAGAUGUCCAUUUGUUUUGUCUGUGCACAGCUGUGGCAGCAUGUAUUGUACUAAAGGUUGUGGCCAUUUGUGUGAAAACUUAAAAUUAGGUAACGCUGUGUGGUGCUUUCGGUCUGUUAAGUAGCACAAUGCUGAAUACCUGGCUGAGGCUGCAGGAUGGUUGGAAUUGGGAGGCAAAAAUUGUGCCUGAGUUAACUUUGUAGGCUUGCCUGAAAACAGAGAUGUAAGGUUGUUUGCCCUUAAGAGCUCUUGAACAUGAUUCUUGGACUGAAGGUUUUCAGGUGGUGUCUGCUGAGACUUUAUAGCAAGAGCUGGCAGAAGCUUUAAAAGCUUUGAUUCUCAUCAGAGAACUGAAGGUGGUGUCUGUAUGUACCAUACUGGCGGAGGAAAUCAGGGGAGGUGGAAUGCAUUUGGGCAACUUCCUUUUCUUCAAACAGCAGCUGUGCAAAAGAAGGAAGGCUCCUGGAAGUGCGUGUGAGUCAUACAGUGACUGAUGGAGGUGGCUGGAUCUGAGUGCAAACAGAAUAAAGGUUUGUGACUGCUCUGCACAGCGACAUGUGCUGUGUUGCUGUUACCUUCGUUUAAAUGCAUUAUAUAUUGAAAUGUAUACUGAAUGUUUAAAACAGAUCUUUACCUUUAAAUUCUACACUGUUACAUAUGGUUUUAUCUUAAUAAAUAAAAAUAUUGAUUUGAGCUCCCU